AUGGCUCUCUUCUCCUAUCCAAUGCUUGUUUUAUGUUUGGUUUAUCAUGCCCAUUGUGUCAAACGAGAUACAACAUGGGACGACAUGGCCCAAACGGAACUUAACGAAGCACUCCGGAACAUCCCGAACACUAACGUCGCCAGGAAUAUCAUCCUGUUCCUAGGAGACGGUAUGAGUAUCUCCACGGUAACGGCCUCCAGAAUUCUUCAAGGUCGUCAAAAAGGGACUCUAGGGGAGGGAAAUUAUCUGGCCUUUGAAAAAUUCCCUAACACAGCCCUUAUAAAGAUUUACUGUAGCGACCGGACAACACCUGACUCAGCCUCAACUGCCACUGCUUUUCUGUGUGGCACAAAGACAAACUACCACACUCUGGGGGUCAAGGACACUACUACCCUGGGGGACUGUUCCUCUCAGUUCGGAAACGAAGUAGACAGUAUACUGGACUGGUUUAAUACUGACGGAAGAUCUACUGGAAUUGUGACAACAUCUCGUAUCACACAUGCGACCCCCGGCGCUGGAUACGCCCACUCCGCCGAUAGAGACUGGGAGGGGGACUCCGAGAUGGAGGGAGUGACUGGUGGCUGUAAGGAUAUAGCCUACCAACUGGUCAAAGAAAACCAGCACAUUAAGGUCUUGUUUGGUGGGGGUCGGUACUAUUUUCUUCCAAAUACAACAUCUGAUCCUAAAUAUGGCGCCAAAAACGCCGUUAAGCAGCGGAGAGAUAGGCGGGACCUAAUCAAGGAAUGGCAAACGGACAAAAGAGACCGCGGACUGAGAGCCAGAUAUGCCUGGAACAGACAACAGCUUCUGGAGAUCAAUCCAGACAGCACAGACGUGGCUCUUGGUCUAUUUAAUGACGGUCAUAUGAGUUUUGAGUUGGACCGAGACAACAGCACCACGGGAGAACCCAGUAUAUCUGAAAUGACACAGAAGGCGAUUAAGAUUCUCAGGAGAAAUUCUAAAGGAUUCUUCCUGUUAGUGGAAGGAGGACGUAUAGAUUCCGCUCACCAUGACAACAACGCUAAGCGGGCGCUGUAUGACACUCUGGCGUUUGAGAAGGCUAUAAAGGAGGCGUUAGAACUAGUGGACAGCUCAGAUACCCUGGUGUUAGUGACCGCUGACCACUCACAACCCCUAAUUAUAGCAGGCUACGCCACUCGACAGAACAGCUUGUUUGGUUAUGUUGACAAGGUGAAGGCAAAACAUAUUCCUAGAGACGGAGUUUUAUGGACGACUUUGUUGUACGGGAUCGGGCCGGGGUAUGACUGGGGAAAGCGAACUAACAAAACCACACAGGAACUGGAGAGCAAAGACUACGUCCAAGGGUCUGCUUUCCCCAGAGACUCCAGCACUCACGAUGGUCAGGAUGUGGCGGUGUACGCACGUGGUCCAAUGUCCCAUUUAUUUAACGGUGUGCACGAGCAACAUUACAUUAAUUACGUCAUGACGUACGCAGCAUGUGUCGGACGACACAAAAAUAACUGUGGGUCCAAAUCACGAAUAACCAACACUGGAUCAUUCCCCGGAAGUUACGCAGUGCUGGUGUAUAGUAUGGCAGUUUUGUUGAUGUAUUGCACAUAAUGCGUCUGUCUCCCUUGCAGAGUCUCUGCAAUGGGCUCGAGUCAAGAUUUUUGACAUAAAGUAAAAAGAAUAUGACAUUCCAA